GGUGGCCAGGGAGGAGGGAGCGAACCCGGAGGGCGGAGUGAUGGGGUUGGAGAGAGAACUGGACUGGAGGAUUGGGAAGGACUUUUCUCUCCUUCCCCUUCCUCUUUCCAGACCCUUCCCCCACCUCCUCCGUGGGGUCCCGGGAGUCUGUGUCUAGUGACAUUCCACGAGGCUGCAGGGAGACAGCGUUUGGGGGCGAAGGUUCCAGCUUGGAGGAAGGGGUGUGGGGAGCAGCAGUGUGGAUGGGGAGCGGGGCUGGGGCGGCGAUCUGCGCUGAGGUUUAGAUCGGUGUGCUUGCUAAUGAAGGGAGCUGAAGCUGGGGCCCGGGGUGGAGUUGGAAAGGGUAGGAGGAACGGGAGUACCGAGAGGGUCAGCCCAGACCGACUGUCCGCCGGCUUAGGCAGUCAGCCCACGGGUGUUCAUGAAGCGCUUACUGAGCACUCACUGCUAAGGGAAUGGUUACAAACAAACAAAUGGGGGGGGGGGUUCUCUGCCCUCCUGAAACUCUUAGAAGAAUGGAGGCAGCAUGCGAAUAACCAUGAACAGAUAGGAUGGAUCGCGUGCUAAUUAAUGGAAGGACAUCUGGAAGGGAAGGCGCUGGAAGUGGGAUUGGAGCGGAGUCUUGAAAGUAGCCAGAGAAGCUGGGAAGCAAAGCGAAGGAGGGAAAGCAUUUCCAGGCAGGGGGCUGGGUCUCUGCGCAGGGUGUUGUGAGAUGGCCAGUCCUGUGUGAGGAAUAACAACUAGGCCCGUUGUAACUGGAUGGGAGAGUUCCUGGAGGGGAUUCAAGCGUCUGGCAAAAAGAGGCACUGUGUGAAGGGAUGGGGAUGUGAGAAAGGCCCAAACAGGCUGUUCCUUUAAGGAGCUUACAUUUCUAAUGAGGACGACAAAGUAACCAAGGGGGCUUGUAGGUAUGGAGUAGAUGAGAGACGGCCUUAGGGAGAAAGGAGGUGUUUUUGAGGCGUGAAGGAAUACAACACUGGGAGGACGAGGGGGAAUGUAACCAACGUUUAUGGAGUGAGCUUCAUAAUAACCUUGUGAGAGUGAUCUGGUACACUUGGGGGUCUGUUUUCCUAGUGUUCUGAAGCUAUCCUGAACUUGAUGGGCUGGAGGUUCUAGGUGUUUCAACAGCCCCAGACUUCAUUGACUCCCCAUACUUCCCCUGGUGAGCUGGAGGUUAUGAAGAGAGGACACAGUUAUUCAGAGGUAUAUGAGUGGCCCAACGCUUCCAACCGUUAAAAGACAGCACCAACUGGGAGCAAGGCAAGGAUGCCGAUUCCGCCUCCUCCACCUCCACCUGGUCCACCUCCACCUCCCACUUUUAACCAGGCAAACACAGAACCGCCCAAGCUGAGUAGGGAUGAACAGCGGGGCCGAGGUGCCCUAUUACAGGACAUCUGCAAAGGGACUCGGCUGAAAAAAGUGACUCAUAUCAAUGAUCGGAGUGCUCCAGUCCUUGAGAAACCCAAAGGAGGAAGUGGGGGUUAUAGUUCUGGAGUAAAUGCCCUGCAGCCCAAGGGAGGUCUAUUCCAAGGAGGAGUGCCAAAACUCAGACCUGUUGGAACAAAAGACAUUUCAGAGAACCUAACUGGCAAGACAGUUUUACAGGUCUCUGGUUCCCGCACUUCUGCCCCGAGGCCCCCAGGGUCCACAGGCAGUAGUCGUCCCCAAGAUGAUUCAGACAGUAGUCGGGCAUCCCCCCCAGAGCUGCCACGGAUGCAGAGACCCUCUUUACCGGACCUAUCCCGACCCAACUCCACCAGCAGCACGGGCAUGAAACAUAGUUCUUCGGCUCCCCCGCCACCACCCCCUGGGCGGCGUGCCAAUGCACCCCCUGCACCUUUGCCUAUGCACAGCAACAAAGCCCCAGCCUACAACAGAGAGAAGCCUUUGCCACCAACCCCUGGACAAAGGCCUCCUCCUGGCCGAGAGGGGCCUCCUGCUCCGCCUCCAAUUAAGCCACCCCCUUCCCCUGUAAAUAUUAGGACAGGACCAAGUGGGCAUAACCAGUCUUUGGCUCCCCCUCCACCGCCUUACCGUCAGCCCCCUGGUGUCCCCAAUGGGCCCUCAAGCCCCACUAAUGAGUCAGCUCCUGAGCUGCCACAGAGACACAAUUCGUUACAUAGGAAGACACCAGGGCUCGUUAGAGGCCUGGCACCUCCCCCACCCACCUCAGUUUCCCCUUCUUUACAGAGUAGUAGACCACCUCCCCCGGCUCGAGAACCUCCCAGUCGGGGAGCAGCACCUCCACCCCCACCACCCUUAAUUCGAAAUGGUGCCCGGGAUGCCCCACCCCCACCGCCACCAUACCGAAUGCAUGGUUCUACGGAGCCCCUGAGCAGAGGAAAGCCCCCCCCUCCACCUUCAAGGACACCAGCUGGGCCUCCUCCACCACCUCCACCACCCCUGAGGAACGGCCACAGAGAUUCCAUUGCAACUGUCCGAUCUUUCUUGGAUGAUUUUGAGUCCAAGUAUUCCUUCCAUCCAGUUGAAGACUUCCCUGCUCCAGAAGAAUAUAAACAUUUUCAGAGGAUUUACCCUAGCAAAACAAACCGAGCCACUCGUGGGGCUCCACCCCUGCCACCUGUCCUCAGGUGAAGCCCAGGUGGAUCCUGUUCCUCAACAAAAGGAUGGAUCUCCUCCAGUUCUCAAAUGGUCCCUACUGCUUUCCCAAAACCUGCAUGAGAGUUCUCAUUGUGUUCUUCCAGUGCGACCAGUCACUCAGAAUUCAACAUGCCUCCCAGCUCAUCUUCAUCUAUGCAUCUCCUCACUGGACUUGAUUGGACUGUCUUAUUUUGGCAGUGGGUUCCCUGUUUCUUCAUUUCCCUUUGUUUAGUGAACCCUGCUAGUUGUGCAAGGAAAUAGCUUCUGUCUCCUGUUCUCUCUUUGGAGAGAGGUGCCUUGUAAUGAAUUCAGUAAUCAUAACAGGGUGAAGAGAGAGUAUUCUUCUUGUUUCCACAUAAAAUCCUUUUCUUCCCCCCACUCCUGGGAAAUCAAAUGAGUAUAUAUGGACUUCAAGCCAUUAGGGAGCUUGACAUAGCCAUUACCACUUCUGUUUUUUUGUGGGGAGAGUGCCAUCUUCAGUAAAAUAGGAAAGAAUUAUUCAGAGAUGUUAUCUGUUUCAAAGGUCACAGUUGCAGAGUGGGACAGGAAAGGGAUCUGCUUUCUUCUUGGAGUAUCUUUUUUUUUUUUUUUUUUUUUUUUUUAAUACAAGGUUAAAAUUCUAGAUUACCUUUGGGUUUAAAUACUACAUACUAAUCAGUUAAGCUUAAAGCAUAUACUAAAUGGCAGAAUGGGCUCAAGCUGAGGGCUUCUCAGCUCUAGUCAAUUCCUCUAUAACAAAGGGACCAAAAGAGAAUUGAGUCCUCAAGGCCUCAAUUACCCAAGAUUCUGGGUGACCAUGUAGGCUCAUUUGAAGAACCUUUCUAAUCUCUUGGAUCACAUGCUAAGGAACUGUAACUGAUGCAGCUCCAUAGUAGUCCUUGUGAGAAAAGAUGGAACUGAAUUGCAUAUGUGUAUAUGACCAGAACCUCCUUGAUAUACCCCAGACCAAACCUAGUGCUGGUCAUUUGUAGGUAAACUUUUUCUAACUAUUCUUAUUUUAAAACCUGGUAGGGGUUAUCCCCCAUAGAUGCCCUCAGCAUCUGGGAUUGGGAAGAAAUGGAAAGGCUUCCCUGGCAAGGAGCUAUAGAUGGGGUAGGGAAGGAGGAAAGCUUGAUAUUUAAUCAUACUGAUCAUUUACUGAGUCCUGACUGUGAAGUCUUCAGAUCAUUGUCGAAAUGGAAAUUGGCAACUUUUACACAAUGUUCUGUGAUGGUGUUUUUCUUUAAAUUAUUCAAACAUAGAAAAGCCAAAUCUUACCUUUCUUGUGGGGUUGGCACUUUUCUUCCCAUUACUUCCUCCUUUGGAUUUUGGAUAGUCACAUUGGCAUCCAUUGUACUUUUACUGUUUUGCCUCCUGAAAGUGGAUGGUUAAACUCAAAUCAGAUGGAUUUUUCUUCUUUGGAGUCUGUUGAUAAUCCGUCAUGUAUUUGAAUGUCUGCCUUAUACACUACUCUGUCCCAUUGGUGGUACUAGAUUUAUUAUCAUGACACAACCAGAACAGUAAUUCAUUCAACAAAUUUAUUAAGAGCCUACUCUUGAGUAAUGGGAAUGUGAUUCAUAGUUACUGAUCUAUUUUGUAUGUUAAAAAAAAAAAACACAAAAACUUGUAAUAUAGGUUUAAGGUGGGCUGGCUGCAACGGCACUAAAACUUCUCACCUUUGAACUCCUCUUUUCUCUGCUUGUGGGAAUGUUGUUACCGCUUUAGUUAAAGAUUGGGUGGGUCUCAUGUUGAGGCUAUUCCCAGUCACCAAACCCUUAUGUCCCCUCUCUGAAGGAAGAGACAAUGCCCAGCUCUGCUCAUCAAAAAGCUGAGUUCAAAGGCCCCUGGUUGGGUUUGUUUUUUUUUCCCUAAUGGGAAAAACUUAAUAUUUUUUUCCUAUUGCCCUGGCUGCAAAGCAGAUGGGUACUCUCAGGCCUAAAUGAGCGCAGUGCCCCUCUACUUCUGCCAAUCUCCCCAGAUCAGAGCACUUUGACAUAGUGUGUGAUUCUGUGUAUUGUGGGUUGGAACGCUGCUCAAGCUUCAAACCCUUACUUUACCCGAAACCAGGUCUCUUGGGCUACUAGAGUGGCUGUAGGAUUCCCUAGAACACAUCCCAGCCCUCUACAUUUGACAACAAGCAAGGGAGGACCUGCUUUGGUCUUCCAACUUGAAGCUCAAAUGAACUUCUAGGGAGAGGUGAGAAGAAAAAAGUGUAAAUAGAUUUAAGCAUUGCUACAGAGUAUCUCAGGGCUGGGGUAUAUUUUAAUUAUCCUGAUCACUUGAAAUAACUCAUAGAUUAAGUGAAUUUCGGAAUGGGGGAAGAAAUGUGUCCCCAUAGUUCUUGAAUCCUGAGGGGCUGAAGGGGAGGUAAAUAAGGGUCGUCUGAGGCUCUUUUUAUUUUUAAUGGCACUACACUGAGUUGUCUGUACUGGAAACCCAACCUGGGAUCAAUGGCAAAACAAAUUCCUCACAUUCCAGUCUUGGUCUUUCUUUCCCAGUUACAUCCCAGCCCCUGGCUCUAAGGUCAGGGUGGCUCCCUGCCAGUCGCUCCUUGGAAUUGGGAAUGUGGGAGAGUUGGCCCACUGCAACAUUGCCUUUGAAAUUCAUCUGCUUUAAAACAACAAAAGCAAGAAUGUGCAAAAACAAAACAUGUAAACUGUUUUUAAUAGAAGGAAGUGUUUGGAUCCAUUCAGCUCCACAUUCAUUGUGCCUUUACCCUAUGUCAGGCAUCUGUGCUCCGUAUUCCUCUUGGACUGAAGCAGUUUAAAUCUUCCUCAUCUACUGCUGUUUCCUUCUUCCUCUGCACAUCUUUGUAUACCUGGUAGGCUUCUUCUCUAAUUCUUGUCUCAUUCCACCAGUGGCAGAGGAUAGCUUCUCUUUCUUCCCCAGAGUGACAAGCAUGGUUGUCACAGUAAUCAACACUGUAUAAAUACACCCAGAAAGAUGAGAGAGGAUAUGUGCACAAGUACACUUGUGAGAAAGAGAGAGUGCGUGUGCGUGUGUGUGUGUGUGUGGUCUGCAUGUAGAUGGAUUUUUAAAAAUAAUUUAUUGUAUGAAUAUACGGAUGUUUUUGUUUUAAUCCAUGAUUCUCCUUACCUAGUUGUAUUGACUUUCUCCCCUUCUCCUAAGAUGUACAGUCUGGUCUCAGGUUGGAUUCUUUGGUACACUUCUCCCUUCUGGGUGCCAUGCAGCUAUUUAAUUAAACCUCAUUUUACAAACCAAA